UCCGGGUCGGCAGUUGGUUAGUGAUCACGCUCGGUUCUUGAUAAGCUCGCUACUUCUGGAGGCACGUUUGGUCACCCAUCCCGUUCGCGUUAACUAGCCUGGGGUCAAUCGGAUCAUCCCCAUUUGUGUUUGUGUGGGAAUUGGUGCUCCGAAUCGGCGUGUUCCCGUUGCGCAUAGCAAGGGUUUAAACGGUGGUUAAACUUCGAAAAAACAGUGUAGCUUUCAGUGAGGGCCGUGAGAACCCUAUCGAGUGGAGUGUAACGGGUAGCAUUAAAAGCUUGUUGGCAGUGGCGUUCGACGUAGCAAGAAUGGCCCAGCGACGAUGCUCCACUCCAGACGCAUCCCGGGUGCGUCUGCUUCCGGCCCUGGUGAUGCUGGUUCUGCUGUGCGGCAAUGUGCUCCAAGUGUGCGCCAAUAAUUCGAUGGAAAGCCGCUCCGGUAACCCAUCGCAGCACUGCACGGAUCUGAACCCCCAGAAUGGCCUAGACGUCGAGCAAAUAAUGGGCAUCUGGUACGGCAACGAAGUGAUCACGCACGAUGGUCGGGACGAAGGCGAAAUGGUGUACCGGACGUGCGUCGUCAUUCACCUGGCGGACGUGACCAACUCGACACCGUUGGCCCACGAGCAGCAGCAAGGCUCUACGCCGUACUUCAGCCGCUCCGGUUCCGCAUCGCCCGGGUCCUCCAACUACGACACCCGGUUUGCCACGUCCUACGGCUACGGUGGUAGUGGUGGCCGGAGCAACACUGGUGGUAGUGGCUACAACAGCGGUACCGGUGGAUACUACGACCAGGGCUACCAAAAUCGUCCACUGCUGGCCCAGAGUAUGCGCUACCUGAGGUUGAUUUGGGACGAAUCGGACCACACGCUGGAGUAUACGCUGCGGUACAACAGCACGCGGCCUGGGUUCUGGAUUACCUCAUCGCCCCAGUCUGGGUCCAUGAUCCAGUUGCAGUAUGUCCAGUUCACCGGCACCGUACAGGUUCUGAAGGCGAUCAACAACCAGCUGGUGCUGACCUUCUGCCAGAGCCUGCCGGGUGGCCAACUGUUCACGAUCGUCUUGUCGCGCGUCCCGAUGGGUCUGGCACCGGAAGAAAUUCAAAGCAUCCGCAAUCUGCUGCGACGGCGCAGCCUUCCGUCCAGCUCGGUCCGUAUGGUCUGCCAAAACGGAGCCUUCCGGGGUGACGUUUCACUUGGCGCGCUGCUACUGCUGGUCAUCCUGUCGUCGGUGGUCAAGAUGUUCCACUAAACCUUACCGCGUGUGUGUUUGUGUUCAUUUGUGCUCAUUCAGUUUUCAUCCCUCUACUCGAUGCCGGUGCCAUGUCGCGCGAUGCGCAGAUUUGAUGAGGGUCACUACUUUUCAGCCUUACCCUUAAUGUGCCUCGUGCCUUCAGCCUGUUGUAAAACCGAUUUUUCUUGUGCAUCGUUGGUAGAUUGCCGUGUGCUGAGCGUGUUCCUCCGUUUAAGUUAUUCGACGCGAUUUGCCUUAUUUCGUCUUUCGGAAAUAAAGUAAUAGAAUUUCGGUUUAAAAGUCAA